AUGCAAGCGUUUUCAAAUCAUCCUACCGGGCUACUUCCGGUUGAGGAAAACUACGAUCCGAACAAACCGUCGAUCAAGGAGUUCUACGCCGGGAGGGACAUCUUCAUAACGGGCGGGACGGGUUUCAUGGGUAAGGUGUUGAUCGAGAAGUUGCUGCGGUCCUGUAGCGGACUGAAUCGUAUAUUUAUCCUGUUGCGAGAGAAGAAAUCCAAGACCACUAAUGAUCGUCUUCGGGAGAUUCAGGAACUACCGCUGUUCGAGGUGCUGCGUAGACAAGAUCCCAACGCCUUGAGCAAGAUGAUCCCGAUCAAGGGCGAUGUGUCGCAGCUGGAAUUGGGAAUGUCAGACGAGGACAGAAAACGGAUGAGUGAGGUUUCGGUGAUCUUCCACGUGGCGGCUAACGUUCGAUUUGACGACCCGCUGAAGGAUGCCAAUCUUUGCGUAAUGAUGCAUGUUUCGACGACCUACUCCAACCCGGACAAAUAUAUUAUUGAGGAGAAGAUCUAUCCUCCGUACGCGGAUUGGGAGAAGACCAUCAAACUGGCCGAAGAAAUGGACACGCAAACGCUUGGAAACCUUUGCCCCGAAGUACAUGGGAAUGUUGCCGAACACUUACGUGUUCACCAAAUCCUUGGCCGAGCAUAUUCAUCAACGACUACCGGGACAGGCUGCCGUUGA